CUAGAUCAUCAAUUAGAUAACAUGGAAUAUCAUCCCGAAAUUGUCGAACAAUUAAUUUUGGUAAAUAGCUAAUUUGUUUGUGGACUUUACCGCAGUAAAUAAAAAAAAAUAAAUUAACCAUUAAAUAUUAUAUAGUGUCCAGGAUGUGGUGCGCCAACUCCUCCUAAUGCUGCUAAUAUGUGUGUUAACUGUAUCCGUAAUGAGGUUGACAUUACAGAAGGAAUUCCUAAGCAAGCCACUCUUCAUUUUUGUCGUAACUGUGAACGUUACUUACAACCUCCUGGUAUUUGGGUUCCUGCACAACUUGAAUCUCGAGAAUUAUUGACACUUUGUUUAAAAAAAUUGAAGGGUCUCAACAAAGUGAGGUUGAUUGAUGCAGGUUUCAUCUGGACAGAACCUCACAGUAAACGUAUCAAGGUUAAACUUACGAUUCAAAAGGAAGUCUUUGUAAAUACGAUUUUACAACAAAUUUUUGAAGUUGAAUUUGUCGUAUCAGGUCAACAAUGUGAAGAAUGUACCCGUUUAGCUGCACAAAAUACAUGGAAGGCAGUGGUUCAAGUUCGUCAAAAGGUGGAACAUAAACGUACUUUCUUGUAUCUUGAACAAUUGAUCUUAAAGCAUAAUGCACAUAAGGAUACAACAAAUAUUAAAGAAACAAAGGACGGUAUUGAUUUUUAUUAUGGUUCUCGUAAUCAUGCUAUUAAAAUGGUUGAAUUCUUAAAUGCCAUUGUUCCUAUGAGAUACAAAACCUCUGAACAACUCAUAUCAAAAGAUAUUCAUACAAGUGUCAGUAAUUAUAAAUUCACUUAUUCUGCAGAGAUUGCACCUAUUUGUAAAGAUGAUCUCGUUUGCAUACCCAAAAAGUUAGCUAAUAACUUUGGUAAUAUCAACACACUCUUAAUUUGUACACGUAUCAGUAAUUCAAUUCACUUGUUGGAUGUGAACACAUUAGCUACAGCCGAUGUAUCUACUACUCAAUAUUAUCGUUACCCUUUCCCUGCCUUGGCAAGUGCUAAGUCUAUGAUUGAAUUUUAUGUGUUGGAUGUAGAACCUUUAGGACCUGUAAAUAACAAAUAUGUUCUUUGUGAUGUUCAUGUCGCUCGUAUGUCUGAUUUUGGACGAAAUGAUGAAGAAUUCAUUGUCCGUUCUCAUCUAGGUGCUAUUUUAUCACCUAGUGAUACUGUCUUGGGUUAUGAUCUCUCUCGUGCUAAUUUUAAUAAUGAUGAAUAUGAUCACAUUCAUCAAGGUGACUUACCUGACGUUAUCUUGGUUCGUAAAACAUAUCCCGCCCGUAAGAAGAAGAGUAAACCAAGAAAUUGGAAAUUGCAACAAUUGGGUAAAGAAGUUGAUGAAAUGUUACCUCGCAAACAAGAUCAAGCCAAGAUUGAAAAUGAUAUGGAACUCUUCAUGCGUGAUAUUGAAGAAGAUCCUGAACUUAGAUCCACAAUUAAUAUCUUUAAGAAUGUCAACGUACCCGCUGUAGAAAAUAAUACUAUGACCGAUGAUGAAGAGGAAGAAUUACCUGAAAUCUCUUUGGAAGAAAUGUUGGAUGAAAUGACAAUUAACAUGGAUGAUCCUGAUGAAGAUGAGGAGAUGAUGCAAAUGUAAAAUAAUUUUAUUUUUUUUUUCCUGUACACAUAAUAAAUAUAGAUUAUUGUUCAAUCCAUUUUUUAAUAAUUGAUUUUGAUUGGCUUAUACAAUUUCUAUAAAAGAGCAGCCCGUUUUAAUUUUUUUUUUUUGAUGAC